AUGUUAGUAUUUAUUUUAUUUACAAUAAUAAACUCGAAACAGGUCUCCUUCCUAAGACAUGGUAUAAGAUCACCAAAUGAUUAUAAUGAUUAAGAUAAAGAGAUAUGGGGAGAUUAUCCUUAAGGAUAUUUAACAUAAAAAGGAUUUGAUUAGGUGAAAUUGAUGGCAACAAAUAAUUUUACAAUUCAUGAUGAAAAUGGUUAUUGCAAUUAUGAGUCCUUUAAUAUGAUUUCAUCAGUAAAACCUAGAGUUAUUCAUUCUGUGAUUGCUUUCAUUUAAGGAUUAUGUCCUUAAAACUAUAAUGAAAUUUUGGUACAAUAUUUUAUGGACUAUUAUAAACAAUAUUCAACAGAUACUUAAAAUUUUGAUAAAAUAAUAAAUUCUAACUUUAGUGAUCCUUUUAAAUUAAAUUUUGAAACAUUCAAGAUAAAUAAUGAUUUUAUGUUUCAUGGACAUAAAAGUGAAUAAUGUCCAUUAAUAGAUGUUCUUGAUGAUGCUAUAUAUAGCAGUGCCGAAUAUGAAGAAAUAAAUAAAUAGGUAAGAUAGCAUAAAUAAUUUAAAAAUACUUUUAAGUUAUAUAAGUAAUGUAAUCGUAAUUCAAAUGUUACAGAAGAGACUAUAACAAUAACUUAAUUAAAAAAAUUAUAUUCAAAUAUUUUGUGUAAUGAAGCAGAGGGAUUGUAUGAUUAUAAUUUAAACACUGAAUAAAUUGAUUUUUUGAUGAACAUCUUUAAAUUUUAAUAUUUUGAAAUAGAUUAUUCACAACCACUUUAACAUUAAUCAACUUUAUCAUAUAUUUUGAAAUGGUUGUUUUAAGAAUUCUUUAGUGAAGUAGAAGAAAGUUUCUUUUAUGGUCAUGAUGAUAAUUAAUAUGCUUUAUUAUCUGUCAUAACUAAAGAAUAGUCCUAUGUAAAAUUUGCAGGAAGAUUGCAAUUUAAAAUUACAAAUGAUGAAGUUAAUGUAUUUUUAGAUGAUAGAUUGCUUAUAACAAAUUUCUGUAGAGAAGGUGUUAAUUGUAAAAUAAGUGAUGCAAUUAGAUACUUAAACAAAUAUGUCAAUCCAAAUAUUGAAAGAGAUUGUUAAUUGAUUAUUUGAUUUAUGAUAUUAAAUACAUAAUUUAUAUACAAG